AUGGCCGGAAAACCGGGAUCAGCGCCCGCAUCCCCGCUCUCCUCCCUCCUCGCUCCCUGCAAUUCCCAACCCUAUCCCAUCCUUUACGGGCAGCGUUCCUACAGCUUCGCAUCCGAAGCCUUGGACACCUACAUUGAGGACUUCGACCGGAGCCAAGCAGAUCCCUAUGGAAGCUGCAUCCAUGGGAGCGUUCCCAAGGAAAUCCGGCUUCCCAAGCACUGUGCCAAGGGAAAACACGGCCUGGAAUCUUUCCCUUCAACAACAAGCUUGGAAUUCUUCCCUUCCUUGUAUGGGGGAUCCCAGGAUCCCGACUCCAUCAGCCUGACAACAGAGGAGCUUUUAGCCGUUCCCCCCGAUGGAUCCCAGCCUUUUCCCCAUCCCAUUCCAUCCAAUCCUAGGAAUCCAAGGGGAGAAUCCCUAAAAACCUCCCCUCCGCAGCAUCAGCUCCUCACCUUGGAGGCCAUUCCAGAGGCUUGGAGCAGGGAUGGAAUCAGUACGGAAAGGGGCAGUAUUCCUGCCACAACGGAGAUCUUGGGAUCAUGGGAAGAGGCUCCGAGUGCUUUCGACCCCGUUGCAUGUUGGGAGGCUAUGGAUGCUCCUCUGGCAUUCCCAAAGGCAAACCUGAUCCCUAAAUUCCUGGAAGACUGCUUGAAGGACAGCUACAAGGUCCAUGGAGGUCAUUCCAGGCCUCGGGAAGCUCAGAAGCUGCUCCUGUUCCAGCUCCAAGCGAUCCAAGCAAGUCUGAGCCAGAGGGAAGAGGUUCCUGGAGGAGAAGAGCCGGAAUUCUGA